CUCUCUCUCUCUCUCUCACACACACACACACACACACACACACACACACACUCCGGCCUUCUGGCGUCUUCACGCUCCCUGAAGCUCGCUGAGUUUUUACACACGGUGUGUUUUUUGGAUUUUGUUUGGUUUCCGGUUUUGUGAGGAGUUUUUCCGGGACUGCGGCGCGCGUGAGCAUUGUGCAGGGCGGAGACACAACAACAACAACAACACCGACAACAACACCGACAUCUCCAUCAGCAGCAUCAGAGUCAGAAGCCCUUCCCUUCAGAGAGUCGUGGGUCGGAGAGUCGUGUGUCUGAGAGUCGUGUGUCGGAGAGUCAGAGAGUCGUGGGUCGGAGAGUCGUGUGUCUGAGAGUCAGAGAGUCGUGUGUCUGAGAGUCGGAGAGUCGUGGGUCGGAGAGUCGUGUGUCUGAGAGUCAGAGAGUCGUGUGUCUGAGAGUCGGAGAGUCGUGUGUCUGAGAGUCAGAGAGUCGUGUGUCUGAGAGUCAGAGAGUCGUGGGUCGGAGAGUCGUGUGUCUGAGAGUCAGAGAGUCGUGUGUCUGAGAGUCGGAGAGUCGUGGGUCGGAGAGUUUGAGCCAUGCCACAGACUGAGGGACAGAAACCAGACUUCAGUCUGCACAAUUCUGGGGAAAAACACUAACAUGAAGCUGAAAUUUCGACUCCAGGAGCUUCAGAGGAACUGAGAACAUCUCCAGCUUGUUUCAUUUCCACUCAGCUGCAGCUACAGAGUCCAGCCCGAGUCUCUGGUCAUCGGUGAAGAGCCCCUGGGUGGUGUGUGAGGAUGAGGAGCAGCGAGGAGGCGGAAGGGUUCGACGGCGAGGCCUCCAACACGGCAAUGGUGUCGGGAGCCAGCAGUCCGUAUCAGCCCACUACAGAGCCAGUCCUCUCCCGGAGUGUGUUCAGGAGCAUGAGCUGGAACCCACACUACCUCACAUCACAACUCGGCAUCCUGAAGAUCAUCGAAACGGUUCUGUCCCUCAUUGCGUUUAUCUGUAUUGAGACGGUGAUGAUGUGUUCUCCCUGCGCUGGAGUUUAUCUGUUUGAGUUUGUGAGCUGCAGCUCCUUCGUGGUGACGGGACUCCUACUGCUGCUCUUCAUCCUCAACCUCCACAACAAACUCACACACAUCAAAUGGAGCAUAGUGGACCUGAUUAACGCUGUGUGCUGCACGCUGUUCUUCUUCAUUGCCUCAGUGGUGUUAGCAGCGCUCAAUCACAAGAGUGGAGCAGAAAUCGCUGCCGUGAUCUUUGGCUUUGUGGUGAUGCUGGUGUACGGUGUGAACACAGGUGUUUGUGUGAGACAGUGGCGUUUAGGAGACCAGCGCCCCCUACAGACCAGCGAAUACACACGUGCCAGGACGGCCUCACGCAGUGAAGUGGAGACACGACCUGAAUAACACAUACACAUACACACACACACACUAAAUACAUAUACACACACACACACACACACACACACACACACUAAACACACACACACACACA